GGCCUUUGUUUAUGCGUGCGGCGGGUUUAUUCGACGUCGCGCGUUUGCAGUGUAGACAGCUGCGUUGUUGCGUCGCGUUGCAUGCUGCGUCACAAUUUAAGUGCUUUCUGGUGUGAGGCCAGUGGAUUUAAUAUUCUCUUCUGAACUGAACUGUAAUGGAAACUAUAUUUAACUUAUAGCUAUAUUACAACCUCUAGUGGCACAAAGCCAAGAGACGCAGAGUCAGUGUUUCACAUCAGCAUGGCUGAGCGCGGGACGUGCGCUCAUGUCAUACAUCACAGCGCGUCAUUUUAUCGGGGAAACGGGGAACAUUUGACCCAGGUUAGUGAGGUUGAAUGAGAAGACGAUGGACAGCCGGACCGAGAAUCCGACGAAGGCGGCGGGCUAUCUGAAGGAGCUGAAUAAGAUCAUAGAGACCCAGCAGACGCUGCUGGAGCGGCAGAAGAGGCGCAUCUUCGAGCUGGAGCAGCAUGUGUCCGACCUGUGCGCCGAGAACAGCCGCCUGAGGCACGAGUACCAGCGGCAUCUGCUCACCUGCAGACUGCGCUCCGUCCGGGACAACAGCCCGCAGCAGCAAUCAGAAUAUGGCAGCACAAGAAUCGUCAGAAGACACACCUCACUUCCUGUGGAAGUGACAGACAUUCCCAGCAACCUCAGACCGGCCGUUUGCAGGAGAACUGUGCCCAGCCGACAGUGGACAUCUGCAACUCUUGGUGUGGAGGGGAAUAUUCAAAACAGUGAGCCUGGCCCUUCCUUGGACACCAGCAUAGGAUAUGGCCAUGGCCCUGUCACUCACAGUUCUUCCUUGAGUCCUGACCAGUUUGAAGGCUCAGUGUACAGCCACAGCAUCCAGCCAGGCCCACAGCGCCCUCAGCGACCCAAACUACAACACUCUCAAUCUAUCCUCCGCAAGCAGGCAGAGGAGGAGGCCAUCAAACGCUCACGUUCCCUCUCUGAAAGCUAUGAGCUCUCCACAGACCUUCAGGACAAGAAGGUGGAAAUGCUUGAGCGGAAAUAUGGAGGCCGUUUCAUAACCCGCCAUGCUGCACGGACCAUCCAGACAGCUUUCCGCCAAUACCAAAUGAACAAGAACUUUGAACGUCUCAGGAGUUCUAUGUCGGAGAACCGCAUGACCCGCAGGAUUCUUUUAUCCAACAUGAGGAUGCAGUUUUCCUUUGAAGGACCCGAGAAAGUCCACAGCUCUGUUUUUGAGGGGAAGCAAAUGUCUCUCCUGGAUGAUACCAGCCAAGUGGGAGCCAUGGUGCAGGCUGGAGAGAAGGUUCCUGUUAUUUUGGAGGCCCCAGAACCUCAAAACGAUUUAACAGAUACAAUCACAGAGUUAGAGGACACUUUCUCAAGGCAAGUAAAGUCAUUGGCGGAGUCAAUUGACGAUGCACUGAACUGCCGUAGUCUACGCAGAGAAGAGAUCCAGCCUGAACAAACAGUUUGUCAAGAGGGCCUGCAGCAGGAGGAUGAGCUCCCUCAGCCUGAUGAGCACCACAAGCUGGAUGAGAUCUGUGACGUGACACUCUUUAUCGAUGAAGAGGAGCUCUCUCCACUGGUUCAGCCUUCCUGCUCUAUAGAUCAGCCAUCCAGCAGCGAGUCUGAGCAGCGCACGCAGUCCAUCGGCUCCUCGCAAGAGUAUUGGUCCAUGGAGGCUAAGGAUGACAAGUUGGACACGGACACUAGCUACAGGAGCACUCCAUCCCUCGAAUGCCAGGGGCAUUCACAGCUCUGUAUGGACUUACCCCUGUUGACCAUUGAGCCUCCCAGUGACAGCUCAGCAGAUAUAAGCGAUCGUUCUGAGCAUAGUUUGGUCCAGCCACAAAAUAUUCAUGAACGGACUGUUGCAGGACCACAGGCCAUUCCCAAACAUAUCUCACAUGGACUACCUCCUAGAGUUCCCUCGCUUUCUCGAGACGAAGAGCCACUUAGACACCGGCAGGUGGAGAGCCACCUGGCCACCAACGGCAACCGACAGAGCAAGUCAGAAUCAGAAUUUUCAGAUGGAGACAAUGACAGUAUCAACAGCAAUUCAAAUUCCAUUGAUACAAUAAACUCAGAAUCCUCAUCUAGAGAUAGUCUCAGCAAGCAGACCUACCACAAAGACACUCGCAACAGUUGGGACUCUCCAGCGUUCAGCAGUGAUCUCAUGCGCAAGAGACAAUACCGCAUUGGCCUCAACCUCUUCAAUAAAAAGCCAGAGAAGGGAAUACAGUACCUAACGGAGAGGGGAUUUAUUCCUGACACACCCGUGGGCGUGGCCCACUUCCUGCUGCAGAGGAAAGGCUUGAGUAGACAGAUGAUUGGUGAAUUUCUCGGAAACAGACAGAAACAGUUUAAUAGGGAUGUUUUAGACUGUGUGGUGGAUGAGUUGGACUUCUCAGGGAUGGAGCUGGAUGAAGCUUUGCGGAAAUUCCAGGCUCAAAUCCGGGUUCAGGGGGAGGCACAGAAGGUGGAGCGCCUGAUUGAGGCUUACAGGUGCUCCAAGCGCUACUGCAUCUGUAAUCCUGACGUGGUCCGUCAGUUCCGUAACCCUGACACCAUCUUCAUCCUGGCAUUCGCCAUUAUCCUCCUCAACACAGACAUGUACAGCCCCAACGUCAAGAUGGAACGCAAGAUGAAGCUUGAGGACUUCAUCAAGAAUCUACGAGGGGUUGAUGAUGGAGAGGACAUCCCUCGGGAGAUGCUGGUUGGGAUUUACGAGCGGAUCCAAAAGAAGGAGCUUAAAACAAAUGACGACCAUGUGUCUCAGGUGCAGAAGGUGGAGAAACUCAUUGUGGGCAAGAAGCAAAUGGGAUCGCUUCACCAUGGCCUUGGAUGUGUGCUGUCUCAGGCUCAUCGCAGGCUCGUGUGCUACUGCAGACUGUUUGAGGUCCCGGAUCCAAACAGACUGCAAAAACUCGGCCAGCAUCAGCGGGAGAUCUUCCUGUUUAAUGACCUCCUGGUGGUUACCAAGAUCUUCCAAAAGAAGAAAAAUUCAGUGACAUAUAGUUUCAGGCAAUCUUUCUCUUUGUACGGGAUGCAAGUGAUGCUCUUUGAGAAUCAGUUCUAUCCGAAUGGUAUCCGGCUGACUUCAGUCAUUCCAGGUGCUGACUUCAAAGUCCUGAUAAAUUUCAAUGCUCCCAACCCUCAGGACCGCAAGAAAUUCACCAGCGACCUGCGAGAAUCCAUCGCUGAGGUCCAGGAAAUGGAAAAGUACCGGAUAGAGUCUGAGCUGGAGAAGCAGAAAGGGGUGGUCAGGCCCAGUAUGUCUCAGAGCAUGUCUGGACUAAAGAAAGAGACGGGAAAUGGCACCAUGGGCCGCACUAGUCUGGAUGACACUUACGCCAUGGGAGAGGGACUAAAGCGGAGUGCACUCAGCAGCUCCUUGCGUGAUCUUUCUGAAGCAGGACUCCAUCUUUAGUGGUCCUCCUCUGAGCCAGAGAGAACCUUCCUUCCGGGAGCAUCUGUUUCCUGACAGACAUGGCGCUCCAAACUCCUCCUCCUCCUCCACCCUCCUCGGGUCACUGUCUGGCAGCACUCGGGUCAAGCGCUCUGUCAUGGGCUGCCCGCCACCUCUCCCUCCCCAUCCCACCCUCAUACUCCACACGCCACAUCCGUUCAACCUGCACCACACCGCCCAGCCUCACGCACACCACUCACAGCAAUGUCGCUUCCCCCAGAAGCCUCCGCACUAUCACCCUCUAGCACGCGGCCAGCGUGGCCGCUAUCUCUUCAGACAGCUUUCACAGUCCCUGCGCAGUAACCUUCAGCACACAGAUCAGCACAUGAUCAGCAAACACUGCACCGUCAGCACGCUGGUCUGAGCUUAACUUUAAAAGGACACUCGAUGAGCAAAACUCAGCCAUACCAGCCAAACCCGAGCAGUGCGGAAGGAGUGACGCAUGUGCAGAAACAACAUCUGUCUUUCAUACUUUUAGCAUUCUGCCUACGGGUGAAGGACACAAGAUUAUAAUUAAGCAAUUAUAUUUUGCAUAAAGAAAAUAAAGGACCAUUACGAUCUAUUGCAUUGUGACCAGUGUUAGGUAAGAUACUCUAAAAAAGUAAUCAAUUACUAGCUACUAAUUACUACGGAAGAGGAUUAGGGCCAAGCAAUAAU